AUGGCUUUCUUGAGAAAAGCUGGGAGUAUUUUCGGAAGGUGCCAUGUCAGCACCCGGGACAGCACUCUUUCCAAUCCUUCAAUCUUUCAAGCCGUGAGAUGGAUGUCGUCUUGUAAGGUCUUUGUUGGAGGAAUCUCGUAUAGCACAGAUGACUCGAGUCUCAGAGAGGCUUUCAGCAAGCACGGAACAGUUGCCGAAGCACGGGUGAUUGUGGAUCGUGAAACGGGUAGGUCAAGAGGAUAUGCCUUUGUUACAUUCUCUGAAUCUAACGAGGCAUCUGCAGCCAUUCAGGCUAUGGACCAACAGGAACUUCAUGGCCGCCAGAUAAGAGUGGCUUUCGCGACUGAAAGGUCACGUGGCGGCGGCUAUGGUGGCGGCGGAUAUGGUGGAGGUGGUGGCGGAUAUGGUGGAGGUGGUGGCGGUUAUGGUGGAAACUAUGGUGGUGGAGGUGGUGGAUAUGGCCGGAAUUAUAAUUCCGGCGGUGGUGGUUACAAUGAUGGGGGCUAUGGCGGACGAUCGAAUUACAACUCGGGUGUCGAUAGCUAUGGAAGUGGUUCCGGUGAUCAGAAUUUCGGGUCUUUUGGUGACGGUGGCGGUGGCGGUGGUGGCAGCUCGGCUGGUGGUGGAAGUGAGAGUUUUGGGCAGGAUGAAAGGAAUAGCUUCUGA